CACUUGAUUUGGAAUAUUUUGGAAAUGCCAUGCUUUGAGACCAAUUCUUUAUCUUUUGCCGAGGCGUGUUCAAUAGCGAGCAGAUUGACAAUUCGGCUCUCCAGCCGUGGCGCGCGCGCGCACACGCACACAGGGCAAUCAGCCGAGCUAAUCCCGGCCUCUAGCAAGGCUACCCCAUCGAGCCUCUCUGCUGUCAUUCACCAUUCAACGUCACAACCUCGUCCGCAACCUGUAUAUUCCCCUCAACAAACCUGCAGCUGAGGCCAGAGCGCGCCCGCGCGCACAUAUAAAUCUAUACACGAACGGCUUAUACAUUACAAAGGCAUCCCGCAACCAUGCGCCCGACUACCCUCCUCUCAGCGCUCUUCGUAGCGACCCUCGCCGCCGCCGAAACGCGCCUUGCAAAGGUCUACAUCGAGCCCGUCUCACCCACACCGCAGACGCCUGUCCUUCUCGCUGAGGUCGAGUACGACGCCAAGGAGCCUGCCGACGCCAGUGUCACCUCAUACGAGGCGCCCGACCUCGGGGCCGGCGCCAACGACACCCCGGCCCCGAAGCUCGUCCGCAUCGGCGUCUUCAACCCCUCAACGUCGGAGUGGACCUCGUCCGUGUCCGUGGCGUCGACAGAGAACUUUGCCAAGGGGUACGCGCCCAACAUCAUACUCAACGUGGACGACGUCUCGGGGGACGUCGUGGGUGCUGGGCUCAAGGGCGUACUGAUCGAUGCGGGUGCGACGAGGGAUUUCGGCCCGCAGGCUGUCGUGCGGGUCGGCGUGCAGGGGAAGACGCCCGAGUUGAACAAGCCGAUUGUUCUGAGCCCCGAGGGUAGGAAGGUCGUCCAGGAGGAGAAGCCGUUCUGGAUAAAGUAUGUUGAAUCCAUCCUGCAAGCGUCGGCGGCCUGGGAAGUAGGGGAGGAGUUGCUAACCUUUGUGCAGGUACUGGUGGGUGAUUGCCAUUGUCGUGCUGAUGACGGUCACGGGUGGGGGAGAAGGAAAAUAGAGGAGGGCCAUGACGAAUACCCAAUAGAUGAUGGUUUGCGUUCCUCACUACCGCAUGAGUUUCCUUUUGGGCAUCGAAGCCUGGCAGACGUAUUCGCGACUCUGCCCUGUUGCACAGAAAUGGUGACAUUUAUGGGCCAGCAGUGAUCUGGGCCUGAAGAAGCUGCACACAGCACUCUAUACCUGUCUCUUCGUCAAUGGACACUGGAGUUGGUGUCACGUAAACGCAAAUGGCCUGUCGCCAACUGUGAAGCACCUGUUCGACAAGUAGUCCCUGUUCGGUACACUAUUAACGACUUCAAUGCUUUCCAUCUCACGGAAAUAGGGCUCUCCCUGUCACUAAAUCAGAAUUCCUCGCCGUAUGGUUAAAUAUGCGUUAUUGCAGCGGAGUAUAGUACUGAGGUACGUAGUUGGCCGCUGAUUGUCUCUUGCCUGGACUCGUCUAGGAUAAUUUGCAGUAUGGAAGCUCCCGUAGCUAGGUAGUUUACUAUGGCAGGCAGGAAGG